CAGCUUUUUGACAGCAAGGCACUAUGGGAUAGGAAAACUUGCUCUUCCCACAUUAAUAUUCCAAUGUCAUCUGUGAAGCCAUUUUCCUAGAAACUCAAGAAAUGAAUCACUGACGUUCAGGAUGUGUAAAUGAAAACGGAAAUGGACUGCCUUCAAGUUGAUCCCGACUUAUGGCGACCCUAUGAAUAGGGAUUUCAUGACAAGCCUGUUGCAGUUGUUGUUGCUACUGAGAGCAACAGCCAGUUGGUGCAGCCACUUGAGUCUCAGCUUGCUGAUCCUGAAGAGAUGAAACUGGAAAGUGAAGUUCACAAAGGAGGCCCUGUGGAUGAGGACAACAUGAAGCAGUGCCAGUUGCCAACAGCCACAUCUGCAGAACAGCAAGUACCAGCAAGAACAGCAAGUUUGGCUUUGAGAACGCUUGUACAUUUGUGAGCCAGAGUGGGAAAAAUGUCGUCGUAAAAUGCAGUUACUGCCUUCCAAGGAUCAAAACUCUAAGAUCAGCUAUUUCCUCUUCAUCCAAUGUGAAGAAAUAUUUAGAGAGCAUACACCCUGAGAAUCUGAGAGCAAUUGAAGACACAAUAAAGGCAAGGAGAUGUGGCCAUCCUGAACAAAUGCCUGAUGCCCCUCCUCCCAAAAUGCUGAAGCAGCAGCAGACAACCCUUGAGAGGUUGGGAUCUGGCAGAGAGGCUGUCACCCAGAGCAAUCUCAACAGGAAAAUCAUUGAUUUCAUUGUAGAGGAGACAUUACUGCUUCAGACUGUGGACAAACCAUCAUUCAUUAGUCUGGUUCACAUUGGACUUCCAAAAGAUCUCACGAUCAUAUGUGCUAAGACUCUGAGAGACAGAAUUGAGAAGACAGCAUGCCACAUGAGAGAAACACCUGCAAACCGAAUGAGUGCUGUGGCAUAUAUAGCAACCACUGCAGAUUGUUGGACCAAUGGCAAGAAGAGUUACUUUGGGGUAACAGCCCACUGGAUCAACCCAACUACCCUAAAACAUGAGGUCGGGGUCUUGGCUUGUAAGCAUCUGAAGGGGCGCCAUACAUACAAGGUCCUUGCAAAAGCACUGUAUGAUGUGCACGUGCAGUACAGGAUUCACAACAAAGUUAUGUGCACUACUACACACAAUGGCUCCAACUUUGUGAAAGCAUUCAGUUUUCAUGGCCAAAGAACCUGCAGAAGCUGCAGAUACCAGUGCAAAUGACAAUGAUGGUGAUAACAAGGAGGAGGAGGUUGAGGUAGUUUGUGCCUAUCUGUGAGAUCCUGGACACAGGACCUGAGGCAGAGGAAGAAGCUGCAGACUCAGGAGAUUUUGUUUUACCACCACAUCAGAGAUGUGCUAGCCACACCCUCAACCUGGUGGCAACACAAGACAUAGAGGCCAUGCUUUCUGACUCCUCCAAAAGUAGUCUUCUUGGUUCUUUCAGGAAACACUUUCAUUCCUUGAUGGGAAAGUGCAGCAAGUUGUGGUCCAAGCAGAACCAGUCAGCACAGAUUGCUGAGUACAUCUAUGUACAAUGUGGUGUGUAUCUGAAGGUACCGAACAAGACCAGGUGGAAUUCCACCUUUUAUGAGUUGAAGCAACUACAUGAGCUCCUGUCAACUGUGCCACUAAAAAUGAAUGCCAUAAUGGACCAGUGCUCCUUGUACAGGAUCACAACUGCUGAGACUGUAGUGGUGCAGGAAUAUACAGAGAUCAUGGGGCCACUAGCCCAGUCCCUAGACACCCUGCAACAGGAGAACGGCAUGUUCAUGGGGUAUUUGCUACCAAUGCUCUACAAUCUGGACCACAAGUUAGAUGAGCUGGAAAACAAACCUGUGAGGUACACAUACUGUUUUCAGCUGCUGAGAGGUGUGCAUGAAGCCCUAAGAAAGCAGUUUGCAGCUUUCUGGGAGGACAAGAGGCUUCUUCUGGCAGCCUGCCUACACCCUCGCUUCAAACUAGAGUGGCUGGAAUCGCGCCAGGCAACCACCCAUACCAACAAACACACAAUGGAAGCCUUGUUGAAAGCUGAAAUAAAGAUGGGUGCACUUAAUGAGGACCGUGAUCAAUCUUCAGACAAAGACCAGGAAGGAAAUGAUUUGGAAAAUGACUUCUUUAACAUUGAGCGCCAGUGGACACUGCUGAUGAGGAAUUGUUGAGGUACCUGAGGUCUCCCAGCAGGGCAGUGUCAUCACUCCAUGGCUUUCCACGUGUGUCGCAGUGCUUUUUGCAGCACGACACUGGCAUGUUUCAAGUGCCGCCACAUUAUGCCUGUUCAGUACUGAUGGGAACAUAAUGACUGUAAAAAGACAUCCCUUGUCUGACGUGCUCUUUGAGCAUCUUGUUCUUUUGAGACA